GAAUCUCUGCGGACGCAAGAAUUCCAAAGGUACGAUGGUUGGUACAAUAACCUUGCAAAUCGCGAUUGGGGAAGUGCAGGUGAACUGUCAAAGGUCAUUCACUUUUACUUCGGUUUAUUUUUAGGUAGCCGCCUUCACCGAGACUCUCCGUCCAACUACGAAGAUGGAGUGUACAUGAUGAACUUAUCGCUACCGUCUGCACGUGUGCUCUCUGAUCUCGUCUUUAAAGGCAAAGCUGGUAUUCCAAAUGCACGAAAUCUCACCUCAAUGUUUGCCUUCUUCAGUGGGUUUUUUCUAAGGUUGCUCUCGGGACCAACAUACAUUUUGCCCAACUAUAAUUUAACAAUUAUAUGUUGUUUAGGUCAGGUUGUUGCCUAUGAAAUCAUGGCUUCGACGGCAACCAGCUGUCCGUUGGAAAUUAUGAAAAUUCCAGUGCCAGCGGGCGAUCCAGUAUACGACAUUGAUGGUACCGGUACAGAAAUCCCAUUUACAAGAGCAAAAUACGAUAAGCAAACUGGGCAAGGAUUCAAUUCGCCUCGUGAGCAGGUCAAUGAACGAACUGCAUGGAUUGACGGCUCAUUUGUAUACAGCGUAAUGGAAGCAUGGGUAGCCACUAUGAGAUCAUUUGAAAAUGGUACGCUCAAGGAAGGAAACACUAAGAGAUAUCCGCCCUUGAAUAAUCCACACAUUCCGCUGAAUAAUCCACCUCCUCCACAGAUUCAUCGCUUGAUGAAUCCUGAUCGGUUAUUUCGUGAGUUAUAA